AAAUGCCACAUCAUAACCGAUAUAUGAAAAUAAACAUAAACAAUUUUGUAAUUAAUUUACUUUUAAACAUUUUUAUUGAUCUAUUUAUUACAUAAAGUACGCGGAUUGAGUAUUCGUUUUAAAUAUUUGCUAUUAAAUAAUGCAAAUAAAUGAUAACAUUGUUACUGUUAAUGAAUUUUAUUAUCUUAAAUUUUCAUGAAAAUAACCGAGUUAUCUUUAAUUGAUUUAUUUUUAACGAGACCGUUGAGUGUAUUUUAUCUACUGCUAACAAAAUGGUGAAAGUUCCAACAGUUAAAUUUUACAAUGGUAAAGAAAUACCAAUUUUUGGAUUAGGAACAUGGAAAUCGAAACCAGGUGAGGUAACUCAAGCCGUUAAAGAUGCCAUUAAAAUUGGAUACAGACUCAUCGAUUGCGCUUAUGUAUAUGGAAACGAAAAAGAAGUAGGAGAAGCUCUGUCGGCCGUAUUUGCUGAAGGUAUCGUCAAAAGGGAGGAUGUUUUCAUUACCAGUAAACUAUGGAAUACAUUCCACAGACCUGACUUGGUUGAAAAAGCUCUUAAAGAAACUUUAACCAAUCUGAAAUUGGAUUAUCUAGAUUUGUAUUUGAUCCAUUGGCCUAUGGCUUACAAAGAAGAAGCUGAACUUUUCCCAAGAAGAGAAGAUGGUACAAUAAUUUUCAGUGACGUAGAUUACGUCGAUACAUGGAAAGAAUUGGAAAAAUUACAAGAGAAAGGUUUAGUAAAAUCAAUUGGAUUAUCAAAUUUCAAUGAGAAACAAAUCGAACGAGUACUGUCAAUCGCUAAAAUCAAACCGGUAAAUCUUCAGGUCGAAUGCCACCCUUACCUCAACCAAAAGAAACUUAUCGAUUUCUGUAAGUCUAAAGGUAUCACCGUAACUGCUUACAGUCCCCUUGGUUCUCCAGAUCGUCCAUUCGCCAAACCAGGCGAUGUUGAACUAUUGAAAGACCCAAAACUAACAGACAUUGCAGCCAAAUAUAAUAAAUCACCAGCACAAAUUUUAUUGCGUUUCCAAGUUGAUAGAGGAAUCAUAGUAAUUCCUAAAUCUGUUAAUAAAAACAGACUUCAACAAAACUUUGAUAUUUUCGACUUCACUUUGAGUAGUGAAGACUUGGCGGUUUUGGAUAGUUUCAACUGUAAUGGAAGGAUACUUAAACUUGAAGCAGCAAUUGGACAUCCUCAUCACCCAUUUGAGACACAAUGAUUGAAUAUAUUUAAAAAAAUCACGUUCUGCGAUAAAAUUCUAUACUAAUAAAGUAAUUUGGUAUAA